GUAAAUUUUGUCCGAUUUUGGAUUAUUUAUGUCAGAUAAUUUGUUGGUUGGCAGUUUUCUGCCCAUAUUUUGAAAAAUUUGUGUUCUGUCACAAUAUGCUGAACUAUUUCGAGUUUAUCGAAGGUGUUGAGUUUUAAGUGAAUUUUGCACAAAUAUAAUAAUAUACCAGAAGAAAAUAGCAAAAAUGUCUUAUCAGGACGAUGAAGAAGGAGGAGGUUUUGAUGGACACCCGAGUAGUUUUCCAAAGGACUUCGGCUACGGAGUGUUCGAGGAGGGUCAUGAAAUCACUUUAUCGGCAGGAGAUCAAAAACCGAGAAUCCUACUUAUGGGUUUACGUAGGUCAGGAAAAUCGUCAAUACAAAAAGUAGUUUUCCACAAAAUGUCCCCGAAUGAAACCCUAUUCCUUGAAAGUACAAAUAAAAUCGUCAAAGACGACAUAAAUAACUCGAGUUUUGUGCAGUUUCAAAUCUGGGAUUUUCCCGGUCAAAUAGAUUUCUUCGACCCCACUUUCGAUGCAGAUUUAAUAUUUGGCGGGUGUGGGGCUUUGAUUUUCGUCAUCGAUGCCCAGGACGAUUACAUGGAAGCUUUGAAUAAACUUAAUUUAACCGUUACUAAAGCAUUUAAGGUGAAUCCAAAUAUCAAGUUUGAGGUAUUCAUACAUAAGGUUGAUGGAUUGGGGGACGAUUUUAAAAUGGAAUCGCAAAGGGAUAUUCACCAGAGAGCCACUGAUGACCUAACAGAUUCAAGCAAUGACCAAAUACAUUUAAGCUUUCACCUAACAUCUAUCUACGAUCAUUCUAUAUUUGAAGCAUUCUCGAAAGUUGUGCAAAAACUAAUACCUCAGUUGCCAGCACUGGAAAAUUUGCUUAAUAUUUUAAAUACAAACUCAGCAAUAGAAAAAUCAUUUUUGUUUGAUGUGGUGUCAAAAAUUUACAUCGCCACCGAUUCCACACCAGUGGAUAUGCAAAGUUAUGAAUUAUGUUGUGAUAUGAUUGAUGUCGUGAUUGAUGUUUCCUGGAUUUAUGGUGUACGAGAAGAACAAGAUGCCGCAGCUUUUGAUGAACAAAGUUCCAGUCUUAUAAAACUGAAUAAUGGUACUGUUCUAUACCUAAGAGAAGUUAAUAAGUUUUUAGCCCUAGUCUGUAUAUUAAGAGAGGAUAAUUUUGAGCACAAAGGUAUAAUAGACUACAACUUCUUGUGCUUUAGAGAAGCAAUUCAGCAGGUCUUUGAAUUGAGAAAUAAAAAUUUAACCCCAACAACUAACUCAGUUGGUAGUCCUGUUGUCAAUGGCAAUGGUUCUAUUGGUGAUGGGCAGUUAAGCCCAACACUUACUGAUGAACAAAAUUAAUUCAAAAAAAUAUAACAUUAAUAUUGCAUAGCAUUGCCUCCCCCCUAGUUAUUUAAAUUAUUUUGCUUUUUUUAUUUGUCCCAGGAUUUUACAUAUUUAUACUGUAAAUACAAUAAAUUAUUUUAUAAAUACCUAAA